GUAGCAUGUCUCUCUUGAGCCACCGUAGGUCCAAACGGCGCAGGCGCAGCUCUAUGUUCAUGGUUCAAACGAAGCUUAUGUAUAAUCGAGCAAACAGCAUAUUUAUUUAGUCUUAAAAAGCGAGGAAAGUGCCACAAUGUCUGUUCAAUCAACAAAUCCCAACAACCCGAUUGUUUUCUUCGACAUCACCAUCGGAGGGCAGGAUGUCGGACGGAUGAAGGUUGAGCUGUUUGCUGAUGUGGUUCCAAAGACGGCAGAGAAUUUCCGGCAGUUCUGCACUGGAGAGUUCAGGAAGGAUGGAGUCCCCAUUGGUUACAAGGGCUGCACAUUCCACAGGGUGAUCAAAGACUUUAUGAUACAAGGAGGGGACUUUGUAAAUGGUGAUGGAACCGGUAUCUGCAGCAUCUACAGAGGUCCAUUUGCAGAUGAGAACUUUCGGAUGAAGCACUCUGCGCCUGGUCUUCUGUCCAUGGCAAACAGUGGUCCAGGGACAAAUGGUUGUCAGUUUUUCAUCACCUGCACUAAAUGUGACUGGUUAGAUGGAAAGCAUGUUGUUUUUGGAAAAGUGGUCGAUGGUUUGCUGAUCAUGAGAAAAAUUGAGAAUGUUCCUACGGGACCCAACAAUAAGCCCAAGCUGCCCAUCCUCAUUGCACAGUGUGGAGAGAUGUGAGCCAGCUCGCUCAAAACAACGUGCUUGGAAAAGGGGGAAAACAACACAAUCUCUGUAAACAUGAAGUAGCGUCUCAUUAUUACUUCACAAUCCUCAACAAACUUCAACCUACAAAUUUUUUUUGUCCUGUAUGGAUGCCUUCUCCCAAAAUACACAUUGAAAGACAUUAUAGAAAGUUCAGCAGAUUCCAGAUGGGUUUCAAGUUUUGUUUGCUGAAUAUCAUGUUCAACACUGUCAUUGAUGAUUUUACGAAUUUUGUGUAUCCCGACAUAAAAAGACAAAUAAGAAAAUGUCAUUUUUUCUAAGCCUGGAGAAAAAAAUGAGAUGCUAAUUCAGUUACUCUGUGUAUCAUUAAUGAUCAAUAAAUUGUUUUACAUUUUUUUAUAAACA